AUGAGACAUAGAAGUGUUUGUGCACAACAAUUAAUGGGACAAUUGCCAUCCGCUCGUGUAAGACCAUCUAAAGCAUUCUUACACACUGGAAUAGACUACGCCGGGCCAGUAACACUGAAGACAUUUCAAGGUCGAGGUGCGAAAACUUGUAAGGGUUGGAUCGCUGUAUUUGUAUGUCUCGCUACGUCCGCUAUACAUAUUGAAAUUGUCACCGAUUACUCUACUGACGCUUUCGUCGCAGAAUUUGGAAGAUUUACUAGUCGGAGAGGCGCCUGCAGUACCCUAUACUCGGACUGUGGUACAAAUUUUGUAGGAGCAGACGCCACGCUAAGAAGAGAAUUCGCAGCAGGAUCGAGACAGCUAAAGGAACUUCAGCAUUUACUCGCUACUGAUGGCACAGACUGGAAGUUCAACCCGCCAACCGCUCCUCAUUUUAGUGGCAAAUGGGAAGCAGCCGUUAAGUCAAUCAAGUUCCAUCUUAUUCGAACUAUUGUGAAUCGCUAUUGA